AUAGAAUGCAAGAGAUGGAUUGUAGUGCACCUUUGUCAUGGCAGGUCCGCUCAUGAACCUGAUAAUUUGCAGGAACAUCGCUGUUCCUCAGCCAGGUGAUAGGGGACUUCAGGGUGAAGAAGGAAUGGCCCUAGUGGUGCAGAUCCUUCAUAAUUGUGUUGUGUUCGAUAAAUCACCGGAUUUGGACAAAUAAGAGUGUGAAUAACAGGGUAUUUUAUUAAACUUCUAAAUAAAAUAAACCACAUAGGCUCACGUAUCCGCAUAUACACUGUCAAACCCCGAGUACACGCCACAGGAUGUUCCUGUUGUUGAUCACCUGGUACCCGUUCGCUGGGGCUCCUCCUGGAAGGGCGCCGGACACCAUCCUUUAUGGCAUUUCUUAUCUGCCAUACCCACUCCCGGAGACAAUCAUAAGCCCCCCCUUUGUCCGCGGCGAUUCGCCCAACGUGUUGCGCUCAGCAAACUCAGACGUUCCCCGGCAUUGUGUGGGAACAGAUGCGGAAACAUCUCCCACAUGUUUUGCAAACAUCUUGUUUUCGAAGGGUUUAGAAUGCGGUGCUGCUAAUCUUGCUGAUAACUCAAUUUUAGCUGAAAUUGUCUGUUUAACCCUUAAAAUACACUCCACCUUUGGAGGCAUGAGCCUACAGUAGCGCCCAUCUAACUACAUGUUACUGAGUAUAUAAACAAUAAUAAUCAAAUGUUCAGUAUAAUAAUUCUAUCUCUAAGAAUGCGAGGUGAUUAUGUGUUAAACUACAGGGCCUGUCCACUUGCAUGCGAUUGCAUGCGUCUGGGGCGACCAAACGUGGUCGCUUGAGGAGUACGGGCACCGUAUGGCCGCGCGGGGCCGGUCCCACUUGGAAGCGCGGAGGCGCGUGGAGUUGUGCGGGGCUGGUCCCGACAUCGCGCGGGGCUCAGAAAAUCCCGCACUGUCCGAAAAUCCCGCGCGCCAACGGCCCGUCGGCCCACAGGCGCCCACAUUGAGGGCGUACGCAGCGUCUUGACGUCGUUCGCAGCGUCUUGACGUUGUACGCAGCGACUUGACGGCGUACGCCGAGCCUGGCGAUGACGUCACCGCCCGACGCCCAACGUGCGCGGCCAUUAAGAUCAGUCUGCGGAAGGGAUUCGGCCCGAAACUUUGCCCAUCUCCUUCGCUCCAUAGAUGCUGCUGCACCCGCUGAGUUUCUCCAGCACUUUUGUCUACCUUCGACGUCCACUAUCAGUCGGCCCGCCUUUAUCGCAUCAGCAUAAAAACCGGGCGCGAUUUGUAAAUAAUCACCACUUACCACGUUUCUUGCCACAGAGCCACGUUUUUCUUCCAAGCUGCAGCGAUCCACAGAGAACAUGAAGAGAACAAGGGACCCCAGGAACAUCAAGAAGCAUUCCAUACAGGGCAAGGUAAAGCAGAUUAUUAGAAACAACAUACAGAUACUGGAGGGUCCAGCCACUGCUUCUGGCCAUGCUGCUGUUCCUGACCCUGCCCCUUCAUCAGUACCUGCCCGAUCUCCUGCCCGAUCUUCUGCCUUAAAACCCUCACCAGUUCCUACCCAAAUUCAUGCCCCAACUCCUGACUCAGCUGCUGCUGCAGAAUGUGACUCGGAUUUGGCUCAGGAGACUGAUGCCUCAGCUGCUCCGGCGAAGAAGAAGAAAACGGUGGUCACAAGGCCUUAUAAUUUUACCAAGGAACAAGAGGGAGAACUGGUAGGAUGGUAUCAGGUCCACCGAGAACUGUACGAUAAGGGCCAUCGUGAUUUCAGGAGCACGGAUCUCCGCAACGCGAUGCUUGAAAACAAGGCGAAGGAGUUCCCUGGCUGCUCUUUUGACCAACUGUGUCAAUGGUUCAAGAGUCAGAGGACACGGUUCGGGAGGCUGUCUCACAGUCUUGGCAAGACUGGCUCCGCCAGUCAGCCACUGACUGACAGGGAGCAGUGGAUAGUGCAGAAAUGGGGGUUUGUCCGGAACCACAUAGUCCGAGUGCAUAGGAGGAAGAGCGGCAAGAAGCUUACCAUGGGGAAAUCAUUGUGCGCCACCUCGAGUGAGGGCCAGACGGAUUCCCCAGAGGGACCCUCUGGGUCCAGCACUGCGGACAAACAGCAGCACGCCAAGCAAAAGCCGGCCUGCACAACUGUGGCAGGUUGCAACGUGCCUGUUCAACAACUUCAGCGGGAGAUGUUCACGGAUAUCAUGCAACAGGCUAAGACCACUACCGAGACAAUAAACGUCUUGUCGCAGCCAAGGACGCCGCACGAAAGAAUCGUUCAUGCCUACUCAACGCUACUGAGGGAGGAGAUGUUGCAGAUCCCUGAGUCGCAAUGGCACAGCUACUGCUUGGAGGGCUUAGUCUUGGCAAGGGCGCACAGACUUCUUCUGCCAAGUCCGAUGAGGCCCAUACCAUAAUGGCGGAGUUAUGUGUUCUAUCAGACACUCAGCUAGUCACGGAUGUCUCUAUGGAAGCAAAGCUUAGCUUAAUGACCUUGCAAGCGUCCUCACGAUUUACUGGUCCGUUUUAAUCAGCCCAAGCUGAUGUUUUAAACAUAAUAACGAGGAAAGAAUAUUUGACUUCAUUGCCUUCCACCACAGCCAGGAGUGUGGAAUCCACUGUGGUGGAUGUUUAUGUUAACUUUUAUGUAGUUGUAUGUCGUAUUGCUUUUUUUUUAGUAUGGCUGUAUGGUAAUUAUUUUCACUGUACCUUAAUUGGUACGUGUGACAAUAAAAUACCUUUGAACCUUUGAACCCUAUGCACCUAAUCGCGGAACAUUCGGCCCUCAGGCUGUACCAUUACAAACCACCUUCAGGAUCAAUACCAGCCCUCCACCCUCCGGGCACUCCUCACACAGAAGUAGGGAAGCCAUAGGGAAUUGCAGAAUAUUAUUCCCCCGGCUUUCGAACUUCCAAGACCACAAAUUCCACCAGGCGCUCUCCAUGCCCUCAUAGUGCAAUUGUUUCCCAAUUUUAUUCUAGGCGUCACAUGUGCACCACCAGGUCCGUAUUGUUUUCAUUAGCAUCCGGUAUAUGUGCAACAUUCUCUCGCUAUGAUGCCGCAAGUACCCCCUGCCACAGGUCGUUGGUUCAAGUUGUUUACUGCUUGCUGUAACACAGGGUCCUACCCCUUGAGCAUGUGGGAGGGAGUUAAUGUAUGUAUCUGCGCUUUUAGUAGACCAUUCCUGCUCCACCAGCCCAGUGGGAUGUGGAGAGUCCACUGCGCCCCACUAUCAGCUGCUCGCCAUUGUACUUUGUUAUCUGCAAAGUGGGACCCCUUGUCAGACGGAUUCUAAUUUGAGGAAGGACAUUCUUGCUAUUGAGGGAGUGCAGCGUAUGUUCACCAGGUUAAUUCCCCGGGUGGAGGGACUGACAUAUGAUGAAAUAAUAGGUUGACUUAGCUUGUAUUCACCGGAAUUUACAAGGAUGAGAGGGUAUCUUAAAGGAUUGGACAGGAUCAAUGUUGGAAAAAUGUUCCCAAUGUUGGAGGUGUCCAGGACCAGGGGUAAGAAUAAGGAAGGCGGCCCGAAACAUUGCCUAUUUCCUUCGCUCCAUAGAUGAUGCAUCACCCGCUGAGUUUCUCCAGCAUUUUUGUCUACGUAAGAAUAAGGGGUAGGUUAUUUAGGACUGAGAUGAGGAAAUACGUUUUUACCCAGAGAGUUGUGAAUCUGUGGAAUUCUCUGCCACAGAAGGCAGUGGAGGCCAAUUCACUGGAUGUAUUCAAGAGAGAGUCAGAUUUAACUCUUUGGGCUAAAGGAAUCAAGGGGCAUGGGGGAAAAAGCAAGAAUGGGGUACUGAUUUUAGAUUGUAAGCCAUGAUCAUAUUGAAUGGUGGUGCUGGCUCGAAGGGCUGAAUGGCCUACUCCAGCACCUAUUUUCCAUGUUUCUAAUCUCCCAUGGGGUGCCAUACAUGGCCAAUAUAUGUAUCCUUCCCAUAUAUCAUAUGGACCAGCAACCAGCAGAGACAUUACAAUUUUGUGGGCAUGAGCUGUUCCCCGCAUGGCAAUCUCCCCUCUGUUGCCUGACAAGGCAGAUGGCCCCUACCUCGAUAGGGCCAUUGAAAAAAAUGGUAGGGAGCGAUUGUAGUCAAUAGACAAUUGGUGCAGGAGUAGGCCAUUCGGCCCUUCGAGCCAGCACCGCCAUUCAAUGUGAUCAUGGCUGAUCAUCCCCAAUAAGUACCCCAUUCCUGCCUUCUCCCCAUAUCCCCUGACUCCACUAUUUUUAAGAGCCCAAUCUAGCUCUCCCGUGAGGCAGAGAAUUCCACAGACUCACAACACUCUGUGAGAAAAAGUGUUUCCUCGUCUCUAAUCUAAAUGGCUUACCCCCAUAUUCUUAAUCGGUGGCCCCUGGUUCUGGACUCCCCCAACAUCGGGAACAUGUUUCCGGCCUCUAGCGUGUCCAAACCUUUAAUAAUCUUAAAAGUUUCAAUAAGAUUACCUCUCAUCCUUCUAAACUCCAGCGUGUACAAGCCCAGCCACUCCAUUCUCUCAGCAUAUGACAGUCCCGCCAUCCCAAGAAUUAACCUUGCACUCCCUCAAUAGCAAGAAUGUCCUUCCUCAAAUUAGGGGACCAAAACUGCACACAAUACUCCAAGUGUUGUCUCACUAGGGCCCUAUACAACUGCAGAAGGACUUAUUUGCUCCUAUACUCAACUCCUCUUGUUAUAAAGGCUAACAUGCCAUUUGCUUUCUUCACUGCUUGCUGUACCUGCAUGCUUACUUUCAUUGACUGAUGAACAAGGACCUCCAGAUCCCACUGCACUUCCCCUUUUCCCAACUUGCCAACCAAUUUUCUAUCCAUGUCCAUACCCUACCCCCCAAUACCAUGUGCUCUAAUUUUGCCCAUUAAUCUCCUAUGUGGGACCUUAUCAAAUUCUGAACGUUCAGGUAUGCUACAUCCUAGUUACCUCCUCAAAGAAUUUCAGAAGAUUAAUCAAACAUGAUUUCCCCUUCGUAAAUCCAUGCUGACUCGGACCGGUCCUGCUACUGCUAUCCAAGUGUGCCGCUAUUUCAUUUUUGAUAAUUGACUCAAUGCCAAACACAUAGUGCUGGACUAUCUCAGCUGGUCAAGCAGCAUUUGUGGAGGACAUGGAUUUGUGAUAUUUUGAUUCAGAUCCCUUCUUCAGAAAUUCAAUAUUACACUGUAAACCAUGUCCAAAUGCAAGAUUAAUGAGCUGUUUCCGUGCUGAAUAGAUUUUUGAUUUCAUGCUUUAUAUCUUUAUUAUAAUAUCCAUAAUAUAAAUAUAUAUGUAUUGUUUCUAUGAGUUAUACAUGACAAUUACUUGUACUGGUACUUUGAAACGAACAGGAUGUUAAAGAACAAUGGUUUAAAAAACAAAUCUUGAAACUAAACCACAUUUUCCUCAAUGAUGAUGAUUAAUGUUCUGAGCAUUUCCAAUAGUUUCACUUUUAUUUUCAGGAUUAUUUUGUAUGUAACGUUCAAAUCCUUCAGCAGCUGUAGCUACGUACAUCACCUGUUCAUGUUCUCCAGGAAUGCUGCCUGACCCAGCACUUUGUGUCAAUCUUUAGUUAUAUCUCCACUGAGCUUUCUUU